GAUGCCUGUUGCUAAUUCUAAGAACCAAAAUUUGAGGUUAAUGUUUGUUGUAUGCUUGCUUCAGUUUAACCACAUAGAAGAACCCACAUUCCCCAAUCCCACUAUCAACUACAUGUACCACAAAACCUGACCCAGACAAUACAGGGUUGUACUUUAUACCUAAGCCCCCCUCAGAAGUUUUCUUUUAAAAGCCAACUUGAAGUAUCACAGCAACCAAUAUCAAGUCCAAGUUAGAAGAUAAGUCUUAUAAUUUAUGUCAGCUUGACCUCAACAUUUUACAGCUUUACAAUAAUUAUUCAGCAUGGCCCCAAUGUGAAUAGAUGUACAAUAACUAUUGGGUGUUAUAUAGCACUGUAGUUGCAUGUGUAUGUGACUGAAUGCAACAGAUGAAUGGGGAGAGUUGGUGCACCAUUAAAGACUCUUUAACCCAUCAUUCUCGGCUCUCCAGGCCGAGCAUCUGUGUGCUUUUCUGUUUCUGUCUGUUUCUGUGUUGUGUGUACCUUUAGUCAAUUAAAGAAAUCAGAUCAGCAUGACCACCCCCCAGUAACAUACAUGUGUACAUAGAUAACUAAUUAUGAGUACAGUACUGUAAUCUAUAAAUAUAGUAGAAUGUGUAAUAAUGUAAAGUAAUACUAAGGAUAAAGAAAAGGCACAGCGCUGACAGCAUUUUUCUUAAAAAAGCACAGAAAGACACAUACAUGUAACAGGUCAAAUUCUAUCAAUUACUACAUCUACAUGUACAUAUAAUUACCCAAACCCCCCCCCCCUGGCCUCCCUUGAGAGUAGUUAAAACCAGCAGAUUAGACCCAAAAAACACAAUUCAUGCAAGUAAAGACUAGAUCACAAGAGUUGAAGGUAAUAAAGUACAAAUAAAUAAAACUACAUAUUAGUAUAAUAAUAGUUAGAAGCAUGAAUAUAAAUAAUAGCUAGCUAGCUUACCAGCUUGAAAUUAGUUAUUCCUGCAACCAUUCAUGUCUCAUAAGUUUAAUUUGUAAAUGCAUUAUAAGGAAAUAGGAGAGGUGGUUACCCAAUUCUACGGUCAGAUAAGGCAGUUCCUCGCAAUUUAUUUUUUCGUUUCAACCCCUCCAACACACACGUGCUCCUCGAGUACGGGGCUGAGUCUGUGGCGUUGGGUCUAUGCCCUCUGGCAUUGCGCCUUAUGUGGCUGGGCCUCUCGUUUCGGGCUCAGUCGAGGAAUCUGGUUUCGAUAUGAAGUCACUGCCCUUAGUUUAUGUGGUCCACUUCUCACAACCCUAGGUUAUUUAACUGAAAUUUAUUUAACUGAAAACCAAUUAAUUUGAAGAGACUGAAUGGCUACUUGAAUAUCGGCUAUAUACAUACUGAAUUUCAACACUUAAAUGUUUUCACAGCCAUGAAUAAACAAGCUAAAGAAUUCCUAAAAGCCAAAUCGGCUCAGUAUCAGAAACUUCGCUCAGCUGUCUCUAUCCUAGAGGAAAACAUUCAAAGGCAAAACCAACUGAAAUUAGGAGCGAUCCCGGAAGAAUUCAUACCGAAACCUAACUUAACCUGCGAAAACGACACUUUCCAUCAACAAUUUCUAUCAGAAUACUCCCACAUCUUCACAAAAUAUCUAGAAGCAGUAAUAACCAGCAACAACCAGAGUUUGGCCCAAACAAAGACGGCACUAGAAUCUCUUGUGAAUGACACAGAACGAGAUUUACUUAAAUUUGAAAUACGUGACACAGAUAUCCAAAUACAAUACAGAAAAUUCCUAAAAGAAAACAAGAUCCACGGACACGUCCCCACACCUGAGUUGCAAAUCAGACUAAAUAAAAAACAUCGGCCGCCAAGGCUUUCUCUCGGUGCGAAACGCAAUACUCGCAGAAAACGGUGUAGAGAAAUGUCUCAACACCCAAUAGCCCAAAAAAUUCCCAAAACAUCACAAACUCCUUUUUUAUGGGAAGGCCCCCAACCGAAACACAACCCACCAGGUGCGUCCACAAUCUGAGCUCACUCACCCUCACCACUGCCGAAUCACAAUUACUAAAUAAAGGCCUAAGCUUCGCACUCACCAAAAACUUAUGUAGUACGGAACCCAAAUUACAACUGUUACGAGAGUUUAACGAAUACUCAAAGUCACUUAGAAGAAUAUACACUAACUCUAUAUAUUAUCGCACGCCGAAACCAGUAAAAAGUGGUAUACCCACAACGACAGAAAAAGUACAUAGACCAAUGCGAUUCCUACCAACAACCACAUACUCUUCUUUUAAUGAUACAUACAAUAGUGGAUACAGAAAUGUCGAACAAUACAUUUCCGUCACAAAAGAUAAUAUCAAUGACCAGUUACACGAAAUCUUCAAGCCCAAAACAAAUGUCACACUCGCAGAAUCUUUAGCACUACAAAAAUUCAAAAAACAAAAAAAUCGAGUCACCAUUAAGCCAGCAGAUAAGAACUUAGGCGUAGUUAUAAUGGACACCACAGACUACGUCCAACAAUGCCUCCUAAUCUUACUAGACGAUAAGGUAUAUAAAAGAACCGCCGAGUAUCCCACCACCAAAAUCACCAACCAACUCCAAGAAGUUCUGUCAAAAUACCAUACCACACUCACUAGUACCGAUAAGCGGCUAAAACGAUUCGUUCUCCCCAAUAAAGACAUUUUCCAAAUUCCACAAUUUUACGGCAUUCCGAAAAUUCAUAAACAAUUCAAAAAACUGCCACCAGUCAGACCCAUAGUUGCAAACUGUAAUUCUCCACUAACGCCAGCUAGUAAGCUCUUAGAUCAUGUGCUUCAACCCCUAGCUCAAACGUACGAAGAUUACCUACAAAAUUCCGCUUGUUUGUCACUAAUUCUAGAAGACUUACAAAUUCCCGACAAUGCGCUAUUAGUAGCAAUUGACGUCGACUCAUUGUAUCCCUCCAUUCCUCAAGAGGAAUGUCUGCAGAUAAUAUACACCGAAAUGUUAAGUCAUAGGUACACGUUGCUGCUAGACCCAAAUCUAAUCAUCCAACUUCUACAAAUAUGCGUUAAUCACAAUUAUUUCGAGUUUGGACCAGUUACAUUCCAACAAAUACAAGGUACAGCAAUGGGAGCCCCGUUCUCACCCACCAUCGCUAACAUAUUCAUGUCGGUAAUCAUCAGAAGAUUUUUAGAAAAACAACCAGCUAAACCUCUCCUGAUUAAAAGAUACAUAGAUGACAUUUUUAUAGUGUGGCAGCAUGAUGAAAACUCACUAAUCAGCUUCCUAUCCGAACUCAAUAUAUCCCACCAAAAAUUAAGUUACAAAUACUCCUACUCAUCUCAACAAGUCUCGUUUCUAGAUAUGACAAUUUACAAAGGUCCCCACUUCCACAAAUCUCGAAAACUAGACACAAAAACCUUCCAAAAACAACAAAAUCUCUACCAGUACCUACAUUAUACAUCAAACCAUCCGAAACACAUCUUCAAAUCCAUCAUUACCGGAGAAUGUACCAGACUUGUGCGCACAAACACCACCAUCCAGGAGUUUCAAACCAUGACUCAGCUCCUUAGCAUACGCCUUAAAAAACGAGACUAUCCCCAAACCCUCAUUGACAAAACCAUCAAUUCCGUGUCAUAUGAGAGAAGACCUCAGUUACUUCGGAAAAUGAAAAAACCUCCUGCCAGAGUAAGACCACCCAUUUUCAAGUGCCUCUCGCCUCCAAAUUUCCAAUUACUAAAAAGUGUCACACUACAGCACUACAAAGGCUUACUAUUACCCAGUCCCAGAAUAAUCAAUCUGAAACACCAAAAUCUCGGUAAAGAACUCGUUAGGGCCAAAAUCAGUUUAAACGAAGAACAAACGUUCAGAACUGAAAUAACCUUUGAUCAAGUCCACCAACACACAAUUACAAGAAGCGUUCCCACUCUCACACAACACACUCGAAUAAGUAAGUGUAUGAAACCGAGCUGUGCAACAUGUCAACACCUAGUAUGUAAUAGAUUUUUCAGAUCAUCGAAUCAGAAAAAACGUAUCCAAUCAGACACCAAUUUUCCUGCAAUUCAAGAUAUCUCAUAUAUCUAAUUACAUGCUCACAUUGCAAGAAACAGUAUGUGGGUUACACCACUCAAACGCUUCGAACUAGAAUCAAUCAUCAUCGUAGCAAUAUUUUCAACAAAGUAAGAACGUAUAUAAGCAACCACUUCAACUUUACCGAUCACUCUGUCAGAAACCUGAAAGUACAGUGUAUUGACGCAACAACGUCCUUCACAGAACUCCAAGCUUUAGAACACUACUGGAUAGCUACACUUAGAACAAUUAUUCCACAUGGACUAAAUGUAUUAUCAUAAUGUAUCCACGUGUUUUUAAUUAAGUCACAUGACUUGCAGUAAAUACACCUCGAUCCAUUUAAAAAGAUAGCUGUGCAAAAUCUAAAACAGAUACUGAGAUUGCGCAUGCGCGUACCGUUCCCCAUGUAGGGGAUUGGGACCUUUACCCACAAGGGUGGGGUCCCAAUCCCCCACCCUUGUGGGUAAAGUCACACACACACACACACACACACACACACACACACACACACACACACACACACACACACACACACACACA